ACUCUUUUGCAGCUGCUCUGCCUGGCCGUUGUCUGUGUCCAGGCGUCGUCGCGCGGACCUGAGGCGCGCAGUGCCACGCCCACUGCCAAUGACAGACGGGUGACAGCGGGCUCUGCCGGAGUCCUGGACUCAGUGCUACGCGGCAAUGGCAAGAGUCGCCAAUCACGCUGCGUACGCUGCUAUGAGGAUCGCUACUACAGCACCGAUCGUUAUGGCGGCGGAGAUCGCUAUGGAGGCGCGGAUCGCUAUGGCGGCGGGGAUCGCUAUGGCAGCAGCGAUCGCUAUGGCGGUGGCUACUCGAGUCGCAGUGGCGAUGAUCCGCGCAGCACCUGGUACUACUAUGAUCGUUACGAGGAUCGCGGCAGAGAUCGCGACUCGGACAGAUACUAUGGGCGCGAUGAUCGUUAUUCGCCACGCACCUACGAUCGCUACGAGGGCAGAGGAUACGACGAUUACUAUAGGCGAGGCUCUUCCGGCUAUGAUCGCGGCUCCGGCUACGGUUACUCUGGCUACGACAGCCGAGAUCGUUACUAUGGCGAUCGUGACAGUUCGCGCGAUCGGUAUUAUGAUCGCUCACGUACCGGCUAUGACAGAUACGAUCCCUACGAUCGCUACUAUUCAAGGUAUGAUUUUCGCAACUAUCGUCCAUGGGAUGAGACCUACAGAGGCCAGUCGGGCUUCGAUAAUUCAGGCCGUGGCUAUUAUUUCGCUAGGGAUGACGACGAUCGUCGCUCCGGCGCUCUGCCUGUCUACGAUCGCGAGCGCGGCCAAUCGUCCGCCUCUGCCCCGCCCUGCGGCCACCUGAUCAGCAACUGCCCGUACGGUGAUCGCGGCGGCACCAAGGUCUCCUCCUCGGCCAUCGACAGCGACGGCUAUCGCGGCGGCCACACCACAGUCAUGGGCAAGCCCAGUGGCCAGAGCGGCUGGACAUAUCUGGGCGAUCAGGACAAGCCGAGCCCAAUGGGCGGCAGCCAUAGCGGUGGUGGUGGUGGUGUUGGUGGUGGUGGAGGUGCUGCUGGUGCUGGCAGUGGCAGCUCAGCGGGCGGUGCGAGCAGCAGCAGCUCAGGUGGCGGCGGUGGUCGUGAUAGAGAGCGUGAUCCACAGAGCUCUUCCUAUGGUGGCCGACCACGCCCUCUAGGCGGCAGUUAUCUGUUCGACCGGGACAGCAAUGCGGUCCCCGAGAGCCCGACCGAUCCAGCCGGCUCAAAUGGUGAUGGUGGUGGUAAUGGUAGCGCCCAAAUGCCAGCAGCUGCGGCCCAAACGGCGGCCAAGCCCAGCGAGUCCCAGGCCGAUCCCGGCCAGGACACGCAGACGAAGGCAGCGCAGCAGUGACUGCAACGCAGCAGCCGCCUUGUAGGCGUGGCUUAACAUAAUCUCUAUCUAUUUAUGUGUCUAAUUCCUAAGCUACAAUUAUAAAGUAUUUAUGCCCACGACUUUGCAACUUGCUCAAUAAACAAUUCAAAAGAUUCUCAAAA